AUGGUGGUGUAUUCAGACGCUGAAGCGUUUCAGGUAUGCAAUGCUUAUGCUUUGAGGAAGGGGUUCAGUCUUCGUAAAGGGCAUAUUCGAAGAGAUAAAUCAAAUAAUGUUACGCAACGAGAUUUUUUGUGUUCCAAGGAAGGGUUUCCACUAUUUAAAGACUCAUGCAAUGACAACAUGGUUGAUAAACUAACUACACGAACAGGUUGCAAGGCCUUAAUCAGAUUUUCAGUAAAUCAAGGUGUAUGGAAGAUUUCACAUGUUAAUUCAAUUCAUAAUCAUGAGCUUGCCAAGCCUGAAGAAAGACAAUUUCUAAGAUCAGGUAGAAAAAUACACGAUGCUCAUGCUGGGGUCAUUAGUUCUAUGGUGGAUGCAGGUAUAAAGCCAGCAGAAGAAGUUGGAGGGGCUGAAAAUGUUGGAUUCACAAAGAAAGAUUGUCAAAAUUUUUUGUAUAGGAAGAAGUUUGAAACGAUGGAAGGAGGAGAUGCACAAAGUUUGUUUAAUCAUUUCAAGGAAAGGCAAGCUAAGGAUUCCAAAUUUUUCUAUUCGAUACAAGUGGACCAACUGAAUCGGAUGACAAAUUUUUUUUGGAGAGAUGACAGAUCAAGGUUAGACUAUGAUUGCUUUGGAGAUGCUUUAUGCUUUGAUACUACAUUUCGAACUAACAAGUACAAUUUGAUUUGCGCUGUAUUUGUUGGAGUUAAUCAUCAUAGGAAGAAUGUGCUACUUGGUUGUGCUUUUUUGUUAGACGAAAGCACCGAAUCAUUUGUUUGGUUAUUUAAGACAUUCUUAGAGUCGAUGGGCAAUAAACAACCAAAGACUAUUUUCAUUGAUGAAGAUCAAGCAAUGGAAAAUGCUAUUGAGCAAGUGUUUAUGGGGACACGUCAUCGGUUGUGUACUUGGCACAUCGCACAUAAUGCUACAAAAAAUAUUUCUAGCCUUUAUGCCAAUCCUGAGUUCAGAACACAUUUCAACAAGGUGUUUGGUGGUUGUCAAAGUGUACCAGAAUUUGAAGUUGCAUGGGAUUCCAUGACUAGUAAGUUCAACCUUCAAACUCAUCCAUGGCUUAAUAAGCUAUAUAACCUUCGUAAUAAGUGGUGUCCUGCUUUUAGCUUAGAUACUUUCUUUGCAAAUAUGAAAUCCACUCAAAGAGUUGAGAGUACAAAUAAUGUUUUCCAUCAAAUGUGUACAAAGACAACAAAUAUUAUUGAGUUUGUGCUUUACUAUGAGAAAAAGCUAGAAGACAUGCGUUUGAUAGAGUUACAAGAAGAUUUUCGCUGCAAACAAGGUAUGCCUCAUCUCAAAGUAAUUAGUGGAAUUUUAUGUCAUGCAGCUGAGGUGUACACCAAUAAAAUAUUCAAGUUCUUUGAAAUUGAGUACAUGAGUUGUUUGACAGUAAGGUUAAGAGAAGUUAGUAAUGAAGAAGGUGUUACUAUCUAUGAAGCAACCGAAGAAGGUCAUAAAAGAGUGAACACAAUUGAGUUUAUCUCUCAUACUUCCAUGGUUUCCUACUCAUGUAAAAUGUAUGAAGCUAAGGGCAUAUUGUGUCGUCAUGCUUUAAGGGUGUUUGAUUCGAAAUAUCUUACUAGUAUACCAACCCAAUAUGUAUUAAAGAGAUGGACCAAAACGGUCAAAGAAGGGAUGCUUUUGAGUAGUGAUUUAGAUGAUUCAUCACCACAAGGAAAUCUGAAGUCUGCUCAAUCAUUACGUCUCAGUCAAUUGAUGCAUAAAGGAAAUAGUCUUUUUAGCUUAGCGUCAAUGAGUGAUUGGGGUGCUCACAUUGUUAGUGAAAAAUUAUCAGAGGCAAUGAAGUUGGUUGAAAAGGACAUAAAAGCAAAGAAAGCCUCGGAUAAGGUUAAAAAGAAAAAUAGCCUAUCUACUUCCGGUGUUCAAGAUGAUGAUCAACAUAUAUUGGAUCCUCCAACAGUGAGAGCUAAAGGGGUAACCAAUAAGAGAUUGAAAAGUGCUUUGGAAAAAUCGAAGAAAGUGGCAAAAGUUAGAUAUACCUUGAAAAUGUCACCACCUAAUACUGUAGUUUCUGGUAAUACUCAUUCAAUAUGGUUAAUGGCAGUAGACAUCUUGGAUAACAUAACUUUAGCUCUUCAACUUCAAGAAUUCUUAGAAAAAUGCGCAGAUGUUGGAAACAUAGAGCUCAUGGAUUGA